GCUCAACUCAGCUCCCUCCGCCGGUGGCCAGGCUCGUUUUGGAAAGCUUUUGGCGCACAGGAUCAUGAGGUAUUUGUUUUGAACUUGGAGCUGGCUUGAACAUAGUCGAAAGUUACCAGGGAACUCAUCUUAAAGGAAAGAAAGAUGGCACCAAAGCUCUCGUUUGUUGUAGGCUUUGAUCUUGGGCUGUGACCUACAGCAGGAUAAAUUGGAAGUGGAGUCAAUUUUAUGCUGGAGUGAAGGCCCAUUGGAGGUGGGGUAAUGGACUGUUAAAUAUGCACUCAGAAUGUAGUGACUAUUCAGCCCUCGGGGGUCUGAACGGAAUGUCUGUGGAUGAGAAGCCUGAAUCACCCAUGUAUGUGUAUGAGUCAACUGUGCAUUGUACAAAUAUCCUCCUGUGCCUCAACGACCAGCGUAAGCAGGAUAUCCUCUGCGAUGUGACUGUUCUGGUGGAGAGGAAGGAAUUCCGUGCCCACCGGGCUGUCCUGGCAGCGUGCAGCGAGUACUUCUUACAGACUUUGAUCGGACAAACAGAACAUGAACUGGUUAUCACCCUGCCUGAGGAGGUCACCGCCAGAGGAUUUAGCCCAUUGUUACAGUUUGCCUACACUGCUAAGCUAUUACUCAGCAGAGACAACAUCCAAGAGGUCAUGCACUGUGCUGAAAUCCUGCACAUGCACAAUCUGGAGGACUCCUGUUUCCGCUUCCUUGAGGCCCAGCUCUUUAAUGAAAAAGACGGUUUCUAUCUUUACACCAAAAUGUCAAAUUUCCAACAAUCUGAUGCACAAGAAGAUGGGAAUUCCGAAGGUGAGGAAGAACACAUGCAAUCAGAAACUCAUAAGAUCACCUGUUCCAGGGAAAGAAUUUGUAAUGAGACCCUUGAGUUUGAAGCAUCUUCCAGGAUGUCUGAGAAAGAACCAGCUGUGAUAUCCAUCCCCGUUACAUCAAAUGAUGAUAUGGGACGUUGCCCCAAAUACAGGAAAUACCAGCUUGCUUGUACCAAGCACAUCAAUAGCACACCACAUACUAGUACCUCAGGUUUUCCAAGCACAUUUAAAGAAGACCGGCCAGUCCAUACCCAAACUCCAGGAUAUAGAAAGGCACAGAUAAAAAUUGAACCACACGCAUCAGAAAUUGUAGGAGAAAAGGCUAUCCAGUGCUUGUCUGGAGGUGAACUUGGUGCAAUGGAGCAUGCAAUUACAGAUAAGGAAAUGGAUAUUAAGCGGAUGAGUCCAAUGUGUGUUGAUAGACCCAAAAGUAGAACACCCCCUUGUUCAAGGUUCAUUAAAAAAACUGAUGUAGAAUCUACUGAGAGACAAAAUCCACUGCAACAACCUUUAGACACCAGAACAUCUUGUUCCCUUGAAGAGGGAAUGACUCAGGGUGACCUCAAAACAGAAUACAGGCCUUACAACGAGAACUUUGGACUGUCCUGCACACCUCAGAAAGACAACAAUAGCUUUACUGUUGGAUCUCCAAUGACAGGACCAUCUUGUGAAGUGAUUUGCAAACAAGAACUGGAAUCGGACAGAAAGAGUGUAAUAUUUUCUUCUGGUACCUUGGAGACGAUGAACACUCCUGCUGCACAUUCAUAUCCUGGUGGGAGUCCACUAGAGAACGAACUUACUGAACAUGUGCCAAAGGGUUUGUGGAGUGGUACUAGCCAGUCACUUCCAUGUUCACAGACUUGCGCAUCUACUGGACUUUCAAUGGAGCCUUUAUUGCCGUUGAAUUCAUGUAGAAUUCGACCUACCUGUAAAACCAGCUGCCCAGUGCCAAUUAAAGUGUGUCCUCGGUCUCCUCCAUCUGAGACCAGGACCAGAACUUCAAGUUCCUGCUCCUCCUACUCAUUUCCUGAAGAUGGAAGCGGUGGUUCACCUUGCAGUUUGCCCCAGUUUGAGUUGUCCACUUCUCCCUGUUCACAAGGAACACGCUUCCUAUCUGCAGAGCAGCAAGAGCUAGGAAUGAUGGGAGAUGCAAUGUAUAAUCAAUGUAAACCACCAUUAAAAUGUGAGCAGUCCUAUGGCACCAACUCCAGCGAUGAAUCUGGAUCCUUUUCAGAAGGGGACAGUGAAUCGUGCUCAACUCGAGAGAGAGGACGUGAGGUCAAACUUCCCUUUCCAAUCGAUCAAAUCACAGAUCUUCCAAGGAAUGAUUUCCAAAUGAUGGUCAAGAUGCACAAGUUAACCUCGGAGCAGCUAGAGUUCAUUCAUGAUGUCCGCCGACGCAGCAAGAAUCGGAUUGCAGCCCAACGUUGUAGGAAGAGAAAACUGGAUUGUAUUCAGAACUUGGAGUGUGAAAUUCAAAAGUUGCUGUGUGAAAAAGAGAAGUUACUGACAGAAAGGAACCAGCUGAAUGCUUGUAUGGGAGAACUGUGGGAUAAUUUCUCAUGCCUUUGCCAAGAAGUGUGUGGGGAUGUCCAGUUAAACCCAGAGCAGAUACAGUCAUUGCACAAGUUUUGUCCAGUCUUUAGGCCGAUGGAUGAACCUGCAGCUACAGGCAGCACCGCCUUGCCACUUGCUGGAUUAGAACAGAAGUUCUUGAAGACACAGUCCGUUGAAGAUGAUCUGCAGUGCUGCUCGGAGCAAGGCGGGGCUCAUCAUCAAGACCAGUGGUCACCUCGCCACAAUGCAGGAGUGUGCACUUCAGGAAAUCUGCAAGGGCUACUCAACCAAGAAACAUGCUCGGAAAGGGGGCCUUCACUCGAACAAUGCAGUCAAACUGUGACCGUAGAUUUCUGCCAGGAAAUGACUGAUAAAUGUACAACUGAUGAACAGCCUAGGAAAGAUUGCACCUAGUGACUGUUUAAUUCUUCCACCUUUUUUUGUUUCCAUUAAAGUAAGCAGGAGGUUCACUUAAUCAGGAUGCAGGCAAAAUUCAUCUAUUGAUGUUUUUUCUCUUUGAUGCACACUACAACAGUCUUAAACUGCAGCAAUACUCCGUCUAGGUAUUACUCCUCAGAACAGCUGAGGUUUAUCCUCAAUGGUGCUAUACCUUGCUUGUGCAGGGAACUUGACAGUGAUGCUGUUAUUUUAUUAUGAUUAUUAAUUAUUGUUAUUAGGAUUUUGGCCUUCAUUCUGAAAUGGAAAUAGGUCAAACAACAACCCAUUUUACCUUGAAGGACCUAAUAAAUAGCCCAGUAGUCUUUCAGCAAGCUCGGUGGCCCAUGUCACACAACAACUCAGGAAAACUUCUGAAUAUUCGACAUAACUCAGUACACAUUAGAGAUGGUUUUUCAUCUACAUCUAUAUACUGUAACCUACUCCUGCAUCCUCAGUUUUAAUCAUUAGAAUACUGGAACUCUCCAUCUGGAUCGUACAAAGAAUCUGGUUACAACAUUCCCAUUUUACCUUCUGCAGAAUCUGACCGACACUUUUAAGAAUUUAGACAGUUAGGUUUUCACACUUGAGCAAUAUCAUCUUCUUUGUAAGAAAAAAGAAUAAUUUGAUGUGUAUUUGAUGUAAAUUAAAAUAAGACAUCUCUGGCACUGCUUUGAAAGGUGCCUUUUGAGCAGG